CGACGCUGUUUACAGCUCCGCGCGGUGGCAACGAAUCGCUUAAACACAAGCUUUCAGGAAGAUGGCAAAUCAAAAUUAAUAAAGCUUAAAAAAAAAAACAAUCUGCCCAAGCACGGAUUUAGCUGUUUACUGAAACAUGGAGAAAAGUCAUAAGCAGCUGAUCGUGCCCGGCGCUCCGUACACCAGACUGGAGGAGGUGCCCGAGGGUCCUUCCUCUCUGGAAGAGGACCUCCACCUCAGCCUCCGUGACUCUCUGGAGUCGGACACAGAGAGCCUGGCGCAGGAGAGGAGGUACCAGUUUGAGCUUCAAAAGAGGAUUCACCAGAACGAGGGGACGUAUGGGAGCUACGAGGAUACACCCAGAGACCACAGCAAUAAUACUGAGGAGGAGGAGGAGGAGGAGGAGGAGGAAGGUGAUGUCUAUGAUAGUUUAGAUGAAUCGACUUUCAGGCAGGUCCGAAGAGGCAGGACAACGGACAACGAAGACCAGAGAACUCCCCCUCAUCGAGGCAAGCAAGCAGUGAGGAGGGCUGGUUAUGAGGAUGAUUACGCUGAGCUGCGUUACAACCCAAACUGGAGAGAAAACCUGGGAGAACCCCGGAUCAUUGCCAUGACAGGAAACCAGGAUGAAGUGCUUGGAGAAUCCUAUGGGAUGUCAGAGGAAAGUCCACGAAAACCGUGGGAAGAGGAGGAAGAGAGAGAGGGGCCAGUCUUCAAAGAUCAAAAACAUGCGGUUAAUAAACAGGCUCCCGCAGUUAGCUUUUCUGUGAGCAGAACCGAGACAGACUUGGAAACCAAACCAAAGCUGCCUUCGACACCGUACCUCAGAGAGAAGAUUCUUCAGCAAGAACCUUCAGCAUUGAACUAUGAGAGACAGAGCAAACACAAGACAGCAAGGGAACACAGAGCAAUGCGAAACCACAGACAGCCAGAGCCGCCACGUGAGUACCACAGGGAUUCUGUGGGUGCUGCGGAAAUCGACGAAGGAAUGAAUUUCAUGGAUCAGCAGUCGGAACGCAGCAAUGGCGCUGUAGAAAACAAAGAGCAGGCCCACUAUAGUGAAAAGCGUGCUCACAAAUCUAAUGUGAAACAAGUGAAGCCCAGGGAGGACUUUGUGGAAAGAAACAAAGUCACUCUUGGCAGGAAUGCACCAAAGCAGGGCUCGUAUCUGCACAAGCACAGUCAGAAGAGAGACACAGGCAGUCAGCCACAGGAGGUGCUCCGAGCAACCGAAGAGCCUCGCAGCAUUGGCAGCUGGGAGAGUCCAGAGGAAGUCUUGGACCCUGAGGACAGAUGGCAGCAGAGAGCGCAGGAGCUGCAGGUCCAAAAUAAAGUCAGAAAAGCUCCAGAGAGAGGUGGAAACAAUCAAACAGGCAGUAGAAAACCGCCCCGCCCUCCAGACUCCCAGAAUCACCGUGGCAGACAGCGCCAGAGAGUCCCUGUGGAUGUCCCUGAAGACAGGCAUCAAUUUCCAGAAAGCCACCCCUACCACAGCAGCCCUGCUUAUGCUGAUGUUCUAGUCAUUGACGACUUGGAUUCCCACCAGACGUCACCAUUAGGUAGCUACAGUUCCUCCAUGGCAUCCGCUAUGAACAGGUCCAGCUACACGCCCCUCAAGCAGAACGCACCCACAGUCAACCUGAACAUUAAUCUAAACACUUCUUCAGAUUUCCUGCCCUUUGUGAGCCAGGACCACCAGCAGACCUCCAUCAACCUGGCACGUCCACAUGACUAUGCGGGAAAAGCUGUCUUUCAGUCGCCCCGGGCCCAUUCCAAGCCUCAUUUUCAGGAGCACCCAAACCCCCAGGAGAGAAUCUCGUCUUGCUACCCGCAGCAGUUCUCCAGGCCUCCACUGGCCACACCGCCAAAGCCACAUCCUUCUUACAACCACUUCCAAGGUUACCAUGACCAGAUCAGCCAAGCUGUACCGCAGUACAGGGCCAGAGGGAGGCAAAGACAGGAUCCCACAGUGUGCGAUCAUCAUGAUACAAGGAAGGAUCACCACAGAGCGAGGUCUGCUGAAUUCCUUUUCCCUGACCUUCAUGUUAUUGGGGUGUCUGUUUGUCUGUCUGCAUGUCUAGCUGAAAUGUGAUCACGUGCCUAACUAAAGAAAGCAGAUCUUCUUGAAAUUCUAGUGUGGCACCCAGUUAUGUCCAAUAAAGUAACCUAUUCAAUUCAGUGACGGACGUUUCGAACAAAAGUCUUCAGCAACAUCUUGAACUUUGAAGACAUUGAGAAAGACUUGUACUUGUUUGUCACUGAAAUUGCUAAGUUUGUUUUAGUAUUUUUACUGUUGAGUGUUUUAAAGCUAUGGGUGAAAUUGAUCUUUUUUUUAUUUGUUUGCAGGUUUUCACCACCUCACCAGAUGCCUUCUCACCACAGGCAAAAUCUGGACCCAUGGUCUGGCCACUUAAAUCAGCCAAGCCAAUGGCCAGACGGCAGCCAGCCCCCUGAGCAGAGAGGGCAUUCCUACACAGUGCUGCCGCCCAUAGGGCACAAAGCCACCAGUG